AUGCAAAUAGAGGAAGAAGAAAAUCUUUGUUGUUAUCAAUGUGAUACAAUAAUAAGAGGAAUACAAAAUGAUUCAAAGAGUCUAGGAGAUAGGGUAAAAGUACCACUUUGUGAAUUAUGUACAAGAGUGAAUCAAUUAAAAUGGACACAAUGGGAUAGUAUAGAUGUAUCGCUGACAAUGGAUGGAACGUUACAAGAGAAAAACAAGAGAUAUGCAUUGGUUACAGGUGGACGUAUGAAGAUUGGGUUUCAUAUUGCACUCAGACUACUCAAGAGUGGCUUUACAGUGAUGGUGACGACUAGGUUUCCUUGGGUGGCUGCCAACUCUUACAAACAAGAACCAGACUAUUCACAAUGGGGUCAUAGACUGCAUGUAUAUGGAGUAGACUUUAGACAUUUACCAUCGGUUCAAUCACUCGUACAAAAUGUAAUCAAAACAUUCCCUCGUUUGGAUAUUCUAAUCAACAAUGCUGCUCAAACUAUUCGUCGUCCAAGAGCCUACUAUCAUUCACUUUUAAAUCAAGAACAAAGUUUAAUAGAAAAUAAUCAAUCAAAUCAAUUACAAUCUCAUUUUAUUCAAUCUUUAAAAGAUUUAAAGUUAAAUGAAGAAAAGGAUGGAGAAAAGGAUAGAGAGGGAGAAAUAAUUAAUUUUCAUGUUAUGGAAUGUUCAAAAAUGACGCAAAUAGAAUUAUUAGAACAUGAUAAAGAUAGUAGAGAUGAUAAAUUAUAUCCAGUUGGAAGAAUGGAUGUUAGUGGACAACAAGUAGAUAUGAGAAAAAAGACAACAUGGAGAGAAACUAUUCAAGAAACAAGUCCAAUUGAAUUGUUGGAAGUUCAGCUAAUCAAUUGUACAGUGCCAUUUAUGCUCAUUUCACAAUUAAGUCAUUUAAUGACUAGACCAACCGAUACACAAACACAUUACAAUGAUAAUUGGAGAUUUAUAAUCAAUGUAUCAGCACAAGAAGGAUCAUUUACAAGUCAUUCUCAUGGUAGAGGUAUUCAUGUUCAUAGUAAUAUGGCCAAAGCAUCACUCAAUAUGAUGACCUAUUCAAUCGCUGAGAGUUAUCUAGCCAAAUCAAUUUAUGUUUGUGGAGUAGAUACUGGAUGGUGUUCAAAAAUGACAGCUCAAGAUCAUAAUGCAAGAAGUGUUCCUUUAAAUGAUCGUGAUGGUGCUUGUCGCAUAUUGGAUCCAAUAUUUCAACUACUCUCUUCAAACAACGAAUCUGAUCAAGAAUCAAAACAAUUAAAAACUGCUGGAUUUAUGUUUCGUCAUUAUAGACUUGAAAAUAAUAAUGAUUAUAGUGGUAAAUAUAAUGGUCCAAUUGUUUAA